CAAUCUGUCAGUAUUGUUUCAUUUCCGUUUCCUACGAACAUAUUGUCAGUCGCCAUAUUUGAUUAGUUCCUAAUGAGAUACGCCGAAGCGUUACCCAAGAAAUUAAGGAAAUUGGCGUUAAAUAACUUUUAAUUCACAUAACGUGUUUACCAAAAUGUCGGGUGGAAGCAGCAGCAAUAGAAAUGAAUGUAGAAUAUACGUCGGAAAUCUGCCCCCAGACAUAAGGACAAAGGAUAUCCAAGAUCUAUUUUACAAAUUUGGCAAAGUAACGUUCGUAGAUCUGAAAAAUAGAAAAGGACCACCAUUCGCCUUCGUUGAGUUUGAAGAUCCCAGGGACGCUGAUGACGCCGUGCGCGCCCGCGACGGCUACGACUACGACGGGUACCGGCUGCGCGUGGAGUUCCCGCGCGGCGGCGGCGGCGGCGGCGGGCGCGGCGGCCGCGGCGGGCCCGAGCGCUUCGGGGCGCGCACGGCCACGCGCGGGCCGCCCGCGCGCCGCUCCGAGUACCGCGUGCUGGUCACGGGCCUGCCGCCCUCCGGCUCGUGGCAGGACCUCAAGGACCACAUGCGCGAGGCGGGCGACGUCUGCUUCGCCGACACCUUCAAGGACGGCACCGGCGUCGUCGAGUUCCUGCGCCACGAGGACAUGAAGUACGCUGUCAAGAAGCUCGACGAUUCUAGAUUUAGAAGUCAUGAGGGAGAAGUAUCCUACAUCCGCGUGAAGGAGGACUACGGUGGCGGCGGCGGAGGUGGCGCUGACCGCUACCAGCGGCGAUCCCAGCCUGCCUCUGCCACGAUGUCUGACGCGCGCUCCCGCAGGUCCCGCUCGUACUCCCCGCGGCGGCGCGGCUCGCCCACGUACUCGCCGGUGCGGCGCAGCUACUCGCGCUCGCGCAGCCGCUCGCGCUCGCACAACUACUGAGCACAGGUCGGUAUCGCCCCCUCUGAUCCCCGACACCAGCCAUCGCAUAUCCAUUCUGUACCGCGGCAGGCCGACCUGCUUGCUACUCGCUAUGCAGACUUGACCAAUUUAUAUUGACGUCACUGACAGGUAGUUUUGAAAUUAUGAUCUCUAUGGAUAUUAUUGCAUUCCAUUAUUUGCUCAAAUGAAAUGUGUACAUAAAUAAAUGUAAGUUUAUAAAUAACAAAGACAAUAAUAUCACAAAUACAAGAGCAAGUUAUAAUUGUUGUUAACUAACAAAUAGACUAGUUUGUUACCCCUACUGUCUUGAGAAUGUUACAUGAGCUAGAGAUAUAUUUACAGUACUUGUGGAGGGAUUCACUGGAUAUAGCAGUUGACUGCUAAUUGAGAAUAACACUGGACUUACUCAGGACUUAGUUUUGAACAUAUCACUGGACAUACUCAGGAUUUGAGCAGGUUUGCAGGAUUGUUUGCAACAUUUAAAAUUUGUUUGCUACAAGUUGAUUUGGCUUCCAUUUUAAUUUGAUCGUUUUAUGGGAAAAUUACUUUAAUUCAAAUAAGUUAUGUUCUCUCAUUAACUAUCCUAGACAGAGGGUUUUAUAAAAACGCUCGACAGAUUUAUUAUUUAUUGAAUUCUAAUGUACCUACUAUUGUUUUGUUUUUAUUAUUUUUUCAUUUUGUAUAUCUUAUAAUCUAAUUUCCUCAAAAGACUAUCUGGAUUUGGUAAGAUUUCGCUCUAUCAUUGGAUUUGGUAAAAACCUUGCCAAGACUCGCUGUCCCUAUCGUCAAUACCAGCACAAAAGCUAUGUUACUGGAGCGUCCAUACACUCGUCUUUACCGAGCCCCACGCCCGCACUGUACGUGACGCUUGCUUCGUUUUAGGUUGCGUUUUAAUGGCUAGUUCUAUUUGCCCAAUAAGCAUUUUGGUUCACGCUUCUUUAUUCAUCCAGUGUAAUAAAAUAUUGUGUAGAUGAUGUAAGACCUCU